UUAUGAUGUGGGUCACUUUCUCGAAAAGAUGGGAGAAGGACCGCGGCCACACCAGCAUCUUCAAUAUUGCUCUUCAUAGAUAUCUAAGGCUGUUUCCUCUGCUCUGGGCGAUCCACUGCCUUCACCAGCUCGUGCCGGUUUCCGGGCACGGGCCGCAGUGGUCGAAAGAAGCAGAGAUGAGAGCAGGAGCCUUCACGAAACACUGGCCUCACUACAUCAUGGGGACUUUUAACAACCUGCAUUUAGACGACAUUCAAAGUCCCCAGCAUUGGUACAGCGCAGUGGACUUCCAGUUGUUCGUUUUUUCUCUCUACUUCGUCCUCCGACUGAAAAGGUAUUCGGAAAAUUUAAUGAAGAGCUUAGCUUUUUUAUAA